GAGUGAAAUAGAUGUUAAUUUGCGUUUGAAAUUUUUAUCUGAAAAAUUUGUGUUACUAAGCAAGGAAUGUCAAGAUUUGGUUUUCAGCUGUUUAGAUUUGGAUAUCGACUUAAAGAUUCGAUUUUUGAGUUUGAUUGCAUCUUCUAAUCUGGUUAGUUUUAAAAUAUUAUUAAAAACUAGGACAAAAAUUAUGGAAAAUGUCUCCAUUUCACUAACUUAAAAAAUGAUCAGGGAUGGGCCGGAUCGAGAAAAAAUCGGGUCGAAUUUCGGAUCGGAUUUUAAAAAUUUCUUCGGAUCGGUCGAAAAAAGACCGAGUUUCGGCUCUCGGGCACAUCACUAAUGAGUUGCAUAAACAGCAACAUUACUAUUUCUAUCCAAACCGUUUCUGAAGAUUUUGCCGAAUGUUGUAAAAUCGACCAUCACAACAACACAGAUUUACUUAUAGCCCUCGAUGUUGAUUUGUUUCCCUUACUUGAUGCAGUCGCGAAAUUAUCAUUUAAAUCAUUCAGAAAUUCAAUCUUCAAUUGCAUACACAAAUUAAAUCCUCAUAACCACAAAGCUGCCCUUCAAUGUUGCCUUCCUUUUGCCAAAAAUGUUGUUGUGAGCAAAAUAUUCUCGAAACAAUUGUUUUCGAAAAUAAUUCUUUGGCCUGUGUUUGUUGAAGUCAACGAUAAUUUAGUCUUUAAAACACUCUGCGAUUUUUGUGGAGCUUGUUAG